CAAACGAUGAAGACUCCAGCGAGAACGAAGGAGGUUCGGAGGACGGCAGCGAUGGGCCCGAGGGGCGGGAGGAGGAGGGCGCCGGAAGGCGCGAGCCGGUCGUCGGGGAUGAGCGCAACGGUGCCAACAGCGGGGAGGGCAUGGAGGGCGCUGGAUACAGCGAUGAAGACGACGACAACAUGUCUCAAUCCCAGACCGACGAGCUAGCUCUUUUGGACGAGGACGACAGCAUGGACCCAGACGACCCGGAGGACGAGACGCAGGGAAUGGAGAUCCCGGCGGGCUUUCGCCUUCAAGAAUCUACCCCCGCUGCUCUUGACAGAUUGCUUUUGCAACGUGGAGUGCUUGUUCGGCUGGGCAUGGGGUGGUUCGGUGGGUUGAUCAUUCAGCAAUCUCCGCAGCGCCACCUGUACGACUACUGUGUGCAGCUGGAAGUAGACCACAGUACGCGCAAUGUGAAGCUGCCCUUAGACAAGUACAGCGGAGAUCCAGACGCGGCGGUAGGCUCAUGGGUUUUGCUUGAGAGCGUCAGUAUGGCGGGAAGGGUACGCACCCCCACUCUUGUGGACCAAGACGGUUGACAGUUGCCCCAUGGGGGGGUGUUUGCGGGUAUGAAACUCUGCGUCGAGUGCAGUUGAGUAGUGCACCAAUUGAGCAAUCGAUGAUGAAAUAAGAACAAGAACACCGUUUCUGGAGACAACUGGACGACGAAAUAAGAACCUGGCAAAUAAGAACUUGUGCUCGGCUUGGGGCAGCCAACAAGAAGCGAGCCUCGCUCCAAAUAAGAGGUUCUUCAGUGCGGGCCGGUUCUG